AUGAUACCAACUCGAAGCGGGAAGAAGUUUCUUCUUAUGAUUGACGGGUAUACGUACUCCCAAAUUAAUUACAGCAAUCACUGGCUUUGCUCCUCCAAGGCUCAAGGUGUACAAUUCAUUCCGACGGAGAAGGGGAAAUAUAUCUUAGUGUUACGUGGAUUCACGUAUUCACAAGUUGGAGGACGAUUCUUCUAUUGUUCCUCGAAGCAUAUGGGCUGUAGAGCGAGGGUCCGAGUGAUAGCUGGGAAGUUGGUGGCGUCGGGAGAUGAGCACAAUCACGCUCCACCGUCGCACGCGCGUUGCGGCAAUGGAGCUUUCGUCCAACUACGACCUGCGAUUGUGCGGUAUGAGUUGACCAGAGUAGGCAAGCCGUGUCUGACCAUUGGACAGUACAGCUUCCGUCGUGACUAUACUACUGGAGAUCGCGUGAAGUGGCGAUCAUUACAAGAAACCGAUAUCGAUUAUACGUCUAAUAAUUCUGAUGUUGAAGAUUUUCUUCCAGAUAAUGAAGAUAAUGAUGAUCCAUCAUUCUUACUCUCAACAGUACGGUUCUCAAGUGUAUCAGAUAGCGGAAGUGACUCUGAAAGUAACGAGUCCAUUGUAUCUACAAGCAAUCGUGAGAGUGGUUCAGACAGAAAGUUUACUCGUGGAACUCUCUACUCUCCAGCUCCUCCACUCCAGCGGGAAAAAGCGAACGUGAAAAAUUGGUCACAAGUAGAUCCACUACAAGGAAGUUCUAAGUCUACCAUGUGGGUUGAGAAAAAAUUUAUUUCCAAAGAACUACAUUUAUUAGAACCUUCUUAUCUGGAAUUCUCAUCAGAAAAUUCCGAUAACCCAUUGUCUUAUUUUCAACAAUAUGUAGAUGAUGAACUAGUAAAUCUAAUUGUUGAAAAAACUAAUCAGUCGUCUGUUCUGAAUGGGAUCUCGAGCGCUAUAAAGUUUGAAAUGACGAAGUUUGGCAAUCCUACUAUAUCAUGGGGGAACUAUCGGUUCAUCAAGAAAUUGACUCGUCGUAUGAAGACCUGGUGGGAGUGCACGGCCAGGAAGAGCAGCGGCUGUCGCUGCGUUGCCGUCACUGUGGACAAUCGUCUUAUGAAACUGAACGAGCCAAAGUUCGGACUGUCGCAGCGUGGCAAUCUCAUCGUACAGAUUGGAGACUGGCGUUUCAACAAACAUGCUUGCUGGGGCUCGAAGGUCCGCUGGACUUGCAUCAAGAAGAAAUACGGUUGCACCGCUGCCAUCACCACCGUUGACAACGUCAUUGUGAAGACCCUCGGAAAGCAUAAUCACUAA